AUACUUUCUCCUACCAAGUGCACUAUAUAAAACAACAAGAUAGGUGCCAAGUAACCACAGAAACCGACAGCAAGCGAAAGCCCGUACAACAAUGGCUGAAGAAGUGAAGGUUUUGAGAUUUUGGACAAGCCCAUUCAGUGGGAGGGUGGAGCUUGCUUUGGGGCUUAAAGGAGUUUCCUAUGAAAUCUUUGAUGAGGACUUGCCAAACAAGAAGCUGAGUCCCUUGCUUCUCGAGUCCAGUCCAAUUUACAAGGAGGUCCCUGUUCUUUUGCACAAUGGCAAGCCCGUUAUAGGGUCGAUGACCAUCGUCGAGUACGUCGAUGAUACCUGGGGUAAUGGGCAUCCUAUAGUGCCGAAGGAUCCGUACGAGAGAGCUCGAGCACGCUAUUUGGCGAGUUUCAUUGAUGAUAAGUGCAUUCCGACGUUUCGAAACUCAUUCUGGGCCGAAGGCGACAUGCAAAAGACUGCCAUAGAGAAAUCAAAGGAAUAUUUGAGCAUUCUAGAGAAAGAGCUUAAAGGCAAGAAAUACUUCGGAGGCAAUUCUAUCGGAUAUCUGGACAUUGCUGCAGCCUACAUUGCUCACUGGACUGGAGUUUUCCAGGACGUAUCAGGAGUAGAGUUCUUCAAUGAGGAAAACUACCCAAUAUUAUGGAAAUGGUCUCAAGAUUUUGUGAACUCUGAUGUUGGUAAGAAAUACUUGCCACAGAGAGAAAAACUCGUGGCUUUCUUCGAACCGAUUAAAGAAGCCAUGAAAGGUUAUGUUAAGCCUAGUGCUUGAUUAGUGUGAGGUUACAAGUAGCGAUUAGUAUUUUCAUGCAAGAGAUGAAUAAAUUGUGGAGAGUCUACUUCACUUAGCCGAAUAAGAAAUUUUGGAUAGAGAGCUUUUAUCCAACUUUUUGGAAAUUUUCUAUGAAGUGCUAUUAUCAU